AUGAUUGAUGGUUCUGAAAAGCUAAAGGCCUUGCAGUGGAACUGUCGUUCAUCUUUUGCAGUUCUUGUAGACUCAUCUAUUAGAAGAUGGAGUUCACUGAAAAGUUAUGCUUUGGUAAAGUUCAAGCCAUAUUACAUAUAUGUUCGUCCUACUUAUGCCUUGUAUGGGCUGCGGGUGCCGGUUGUUCCCAGCCAUGUUCAUUCUAUCAAUGAUUCGGUUACAGCAGAGGAGCCUGCCGACAAAUACACGUUCAUUAUCCGGCAGCUAGUUAAAAGGAGGACGGUCAGUGUUUCCGACAUUAGUGACUGCCCCAAGUUUGACCUUAUCCUUCUUGGCAUGGGCCACGAUGGUCACGUUGCCUCACCAUUUCCUAAUCAUGCAGUGCUCGACGAGAAGGACGAAUGGGUGACUUUUAUCACCGAUUCCCCCGAACCACCACUCGAGAGGAUAACAUUAACUUUGCCUGUCAUCAAUUCAGCAUCCAACCUUGCAAUAGUCGUGACGGGUGAGAGCAAAGCAGAGGCCGUGCACUUGGCAAUCGAUAACAUUGGACGUGACAGCCCGUCGCUGCCUGCACGGUUAGUCCAGCCUGUCAUCAAUUCAGCAUCCAACGUUGCAAUCGUCGUGAAAGGGAAGUUGGUAUGGUUUUUGGACAAACCAGCUGCAUCGAAACUGGACGGUCUCCAAUUUUCCGAGUAGGGUCGAGUUUGUUUCGCGCAUAAGUGUAUGCUUGUAUGUAGCUGAGGGUUUUCAAACCUCUCAUUUUGGGUUCUUUCUUCCUCUCUUUUCAUUUUGAGAUGGCAAAGUUGAAUCCUUAUUUGUAAGGAGAGGAAGAUAA